AAUAAAAUCAUUAAAUAGAAUACUGCAAGUGCAAUUUGCAAAAUACAUGAUUUAUAGAUUGUAAAUAAAAAGACCAUUCAUAAAGUAAUCAAAAGGUGAACGUCGUGACGGGAUGAUGACAGGAACAAUAAAGAUAUGUCGGGCAAAAGAAAAAGACAGUUUAUUUAUAAGAUUAAUCAAAAGGUUGGCGAAAUGAGGACACUUGUGGCCUUUUUACUUGGUAGAUUUUGAUGCAACUUUAGUUUGUCUUAAAGAGUAGUAGGGGGUGAAGAAUAAUCAAACACAUGAAUGAAGCUCAUCUGAUGAUGAACGAAAAGGAUGAAGGAAAGAUAGAAGAGAUGGGAUCAGGGCUCGGCCAUGACUGGGCUGAGUUGAAUAGGGAAUGUCUCAUCGACAUAUUUACGCGGUUAAGUCUGGAAAACCGUUGGAUAGGACCUAUGCUCGUAUGUAAGCCUUGGAUGGACGCUUGUGACGACCCUUCGCUUAAUUCGGUCUUUGAUCUCGAAACUUGGUUUGAGUCGAAUCGGAGAUCGAAUCUUUGGUAUAGUUUCGAUUUUGAGCAGAAGGUUGACUCCUUUCUCCGGUGUGUUGUGGAUCGAAGCCAAGGCGGUCUCAAGGAGAUUCGUGUCAGGCAUUGGUCCGAUCUAUCUGUGUCAUACGCUACUGAGAGAUGUCGUAACCUGGAGAUUAUUUGGAUUAGGAGCUGCCUAAGCGUUACAGAUGCUCGAUAUCAGCAACUCUAUUGAAAUAUCUCAAAAGGCUUUGAAAAUGGUUGAGAAGAGUUGUAAGAAUGUGAAGAUACUCAUGGAACCUCCCCAUAAUGUUCGAUUAUCUCAAGAGGAGGCCAAUAACUAUGGGCUAUCAGUACGAAGUAUUACAAGUCGUGAUCUACUUGAGCAUAUUAGACAAAUGAAUAUAAAUGACAGUUGAACUAUAUAUCUUCUACAACUUUCUUUUUUAAUCUUUGGAGCUUUUGAUUAUUGUGUGUGUUUCGGGCCUGUCUUUUUAUUUUGGAUUUGU